AGGGCUGCACCAUGGUGGUGGGCAGCGACGGCAGGUACUUCAGCAGGACCGCCACCGAGAUCGUGGUGCAGAUGGCCGCGGCCAACGGGAUUGGACGACUGAUUAUUGGACAGAAUGGCAUCUUGUCAACACCUGCGGUUUCCUGCAUUAUCAGGAAGAUCAAGGGAGCUGGUGGAAUCAUCUUAACAGCCAGUCACUGCCCUGGAGGACCAGGGGGAGAGUUUGGAGUGAAGUUUAAUGUUUCUAAUGGAGGUCCUGCACCAGAUGUCGUCUCAGACAAAAUCUAUCAGAUCAGCAAAACAAUUGAAGAAUAUGCCAUAUGUCCUGAUCUUCGAAUUGACCUGUCUCGACUAGGAAGACAAGAAUUUGAUUUGGAGAACAAAUUCAAACCAUUCAGAGUGGAGAUAGUGGACCCAGUGGAUAUCUAUCUGAACCUCCUUCGAACCAUCUUUGACUUUAAUGCCAUCAAGAGUGUGCUGACUGGGCCCGGCCAACUGAAGAUCCGCGUUGAUGCGAUGCAUGGAGUUAUGGGACCCUAUGUGAGAAAAGUUCUGUGUGAUGAGUUGGGGGCCCCAGCCAAUUCUGCAAUAAACUGUGUUCCCCUGGAAGACUUUGGAGGGCAACAUCCUGACCCAAACCUUACAUAUGCAACAACUCUUCUGGAAGCCAUGAAGGGAGGAGAGUAUGGAUUUGGAGCUGCAUUUGAUGCUGAUGGGGACCGUUAUAUGAUCCUAGGCCAAAAUGGCUUUUUUGUGAGCCCUUCUGACUCCCUGGCCAUCAUUGCCGCCAACCUCUCUUGCAUUCCAUAUUUCCGUCAGAUGGGGGUCCGCGGAUUUGGAAGGAGUAUGCCAACAAGCACAGCUCUGGACAGAGUGGCCAAAUCAAUGAAGGUACCUGUAUAUGAGACCCCAGCUGGAUGGAGAUUCUUCUCAAAUCUGAUGGACUCAGGGCGGUGUUCUCUGUGUGGAGAAGAGAGCUUUGGCACUGGCUCUGACCACCUCCGAGAGAAAGAUGGCCUGUGGGCUGUCUUGGUCUGGCUCUCCAUCAUCGCUGCCCGGAAGCAGAGUGUGGAGGAAAUUGUCCGAGAUCACUGGGCCAAAUUUGGUCGCCACUACUAUUGCAGGUUUGACUAUGAAGGGUUGGAGCCUAAGACAACGUAUUAUAUCAUGCGGGACCUGGAGGCCCUGGUCACAGACAAGUCCUUCAUCGGCCAGCAAUUUGCAGUGGGGAACCAUGUCUACAGUGUGGCGAAGACAGAUAGUUUUGAAUAUGUGGACCCUGUGGAUGGCACCGUGACCAAGAAACAGGGCCUGAGGAUCAUUUUCUCGGAUGCGUCCCGGCUCAUCUUCCGGCUCAGUUCCUCCAGUGGUGUGCGGGCCACCAUCAGACUGUACGCAGAGAGCUACGAGAGGGAUCCCAGCGGCCAUGACCAGGAGCCACAGGCAGUGCUGAGCCCUCUCAUAGCCAUUGCACUGAAAAUAUCCCAGAUUCAUGAGAGAACAGGCCGGAGGGGACCCACUGUCAUCACCUGAAUGGAAGAAAGAUCACUCGCCAGGGCCAAAGAGAGUGCUCAGCGGAAGAUGCUUCACCGAUGCCUUCUUGUUACCUGUUUGUGCCUCAUGGCUUUGGAAAAAACAAAAAAUAUUUUGCUUUUGGAGGACAGGGGGGUGGGGAAAAGAGUCCAUUUUGAUUUGUUUUUUUCCAAAUGCAACAGGGCCUUUAGUUUUCUGUUAAAGCUGCACUCUCAUUUGAUAUCUAUAGUUAAUCACACAAAAGAACCUCCCCUUUUGACCCCUUUUGAGAAAGAAUCCUUUGGCUAGGAAGCUGUUAAUUACACUAUCUGUGCACCAUUGGUGCCACGUGAGAAAAAGUUCUGAAAUAACUAAAGAGAGGGCAGGGCUAGAAUUAAACUGAUCCUAAGCCGCAGAUGCAGAAGCAGCAGCAAAGAAAACACUCUCCUGCAUGGAGGAGGUUACUUUUUGUCCUGGGACAGGUCUACAGUGGGGGAUGGUUUUAGAACUCCUAGUAGCCCACCUCACUCCCGCCAACCACCUGAUGGCCCAACCUUCCUCAACACCCUGUACUGCCUUCUCUCAUACCCUCUGAAGCUUUCUACAAAUCACAAUGGCGCACUUCCAACAAAACAUAUCAAAGAGUGUUUUUCUCUCUUAUUUUAUAAGUAAUAUUAUUUUAGCUGACUGCCUUCCUUCAAAUGUAGACAUUUAAUUGUGCAGGUGGGAAGAAGUUUCUUGACAAGACUCUGCAAAUGAAUGCUUAAAAUUUAGGGGGCCUUUCCUUGAUUAUGUUGUGUAGCGUGAAACAUGGGUUAUACAAGCUCCUUCUGAGAAGACAAAAAUACCACCAUGUCCACAGUCUCUGACUUUCCCAGUAAGGGCCUAUUUUAAUGCACUUGUUUGGACACGGCUCUGAAUUCACUUGCAACGGUUGUAAAAGGAAAGAAUGAAAUGCUGUAAAAGUAGAAAAUGAAGUAGAAGCUGGAAGAAAACAUUGCUGGUGGUACAAUUGCUGGUGGUACAUUGCUGGUGGAGGGAAGGGUGGGGACCCCUGCUGGAAAUUGGAGGGUCACAGCUGGCUUUCUUUGCUUGGGAAAAGGAUAUUGCAGCUCUAGCAGGCUCAUCUGCACUCUGCCAGGACACGAUGCGUGGGACCUGUUUGCAUCUGUUUUGCUUCCUUGGGAACGGCACACUCACUUAUGCUGCCAUUUGCGGAGAUGACCUGGUGCACUUUGACUGUUAAGCAAUUCAUUAUUGCUGUAGUCAAGGUUAGUGUAAGCAAGGAAACAUUCCCAGGAAGGUAUUUGUUUCCAUUUUCUGUCUGUGCUUCUGUCAGAAACUUGCUAGGACAUUUAGUAGCCAAUAAAAAAGAAAUGCCUACUUUCAACCUUA